UUCGUACAGCUGAUGUUGGAGUGUUGCUGGCAUCGCUCUAUCAUGCCAGUUUACUACGAGCAGAGCCUCACUCGUCCUAUCUGCACUGCAGAAAUAUUCCGUUACUUUCCAAAGGAUUUUUGUUUGUCAGUGCGUUAAUACGGUUGGCUGUUAAAUUUUGUCAGUUUAUUUUUGGAUCACCUUUAAUCCUUUUCGACAUGGUAUGCUUCUUGGGAUGGUCGUUUUUCUUGGUCCCUGUUGCGCUACAAUUUAUUCUCAAUUCAAGUCCCACGACUGCAGCAAGUCGGAAGUGUGGCUCAAUCUAUAAAGGUUUUGCAGAGUGCUUGCUGAAAUUGGGGGACAGCAUGACUGAGAAUGUCCAGCAGGGAGCUGAGGACACCCAGGAGCUGGACACUGUGUGCAGGUUCUGGGAUGAGUUUCAUGCCUGCGUCAAUGCAGUUCUUGCUGGCUGUCCAGAAGAGGCAGCAGCUGUCUGGGAGUCACUGAGGCGAGAAUCGAAGAAGAUGCAAUUUUCAGGGAAUCUCUAUGACAUGUGCAGCUACCAAGCCAAAUCCUCAACAGGCUUACAGAACUCCAAUCAAGAUGAAACCAAUCAAGAAUCUCUAAAGGGUACUGGUGACAUGUUGGUACCCACCAAAAUUUUUGCACUGUCCUUGGCUGUGCUUUUGAUCAGAAUCUAGUAUGGAGACCAUAGAUGUAGAGCCUCGCUGGAGAACUCUGUGCCACUGGGCAAAUGGACAAAUGUUUGGCCACAGUGGACACUUGUUUCUGUUGUGACCAUUUUUCAGGAGAACGAUUGUCUAUGAUAGAUUAUUGUGUUCAACCUGCAGCUAGAGACCCUCCAUUUUUUUUGAAAGCUUCAUGUCUUGUAGAUGAAUUUUCCAUUUACAUAUUUUUGCAUACCUGUGUGUUACUACUAUUUUACCACUGUUAUGCAGUAGUGCAACAGAUCAGAGAUUGGCACAACAGAUAACAGAACACACAUGACAAAGCAGCCUUGAAAUUUGAGAUGUUAAUUGGAAUCGGGUUGGUUAAAUGUCUGUGCUUUAAUAUUGUUCUUUUAUAUUAUACUAAUUAUAUUCUCCAACAGUCAUAGUUACUUGGGAAAACUGGUUUAUCUUCAUUGUCUGGAAAACCUAAGAAGCAAUACAAUUUGGGAGAAAAGCAACUGGCCUUCCAUUGUUGUGGAGGUCAGUAAUGUAAACAACUUUAUGGUGUUUAUUUGGUUCAAGUUGUCUCUGCUUAUCUAAUAUAUAUCACAGGGGUGAAUGAGCACUUACACCAUGCAUGCCAUUCUGGAAGUAAGGAUAAUUGAUUUAUUUUUGUGUUAUUCCAUAGACCGCUAAUUAAUGCAUGUAUGACUCUUUUAAUGCAAAGAUCUCCCAUCACCUACAGUUCAACAAAGCAAGGGCUAUGACUUUAACCAAUUUCUUUGCUCACAGUCCAUCUUAUUUAAAUAAAUAAGCGUGUAGAAAUAUAAGGGCCUGUAUUGAUAGACUUAGUUUAAGCUACAUACUUGAUCAAGUGUCUGUUGUUCCUAGCAUUCUGUUUCUCAUAAGCAAUAAGCAACCAUUUGAAAGAAUGCCUUCACUUAACUUUGGUGACAGUAUUGAGAAUUUUGAGUCCCUAAGUGUGAUCACGUCAUGAACUUGUACAGUUUAACAGAUGUGUUUGUUGCUUGUUCAUGGCUUGCAGUAGAAGCGCAUUUAGUACUGAAGCAAGGAAUCCCGUCUUUACGCAACAGGUUUUGGGAAUCUGAAACAAACUACUGAGACAUGUAGUUGAAGCAGAAACCUUUGCAACCUUUAAGAAGUAUCUGAAUGAGAUAUUGGGACAGCGUAGCUACUAGCAAAACAAACUAUCUUGCUGGAUUGAAUGGUCUCCUCUCAUUUGUCAAACAUCUUAUUUUCUUUUAAGAGUCAUGUCAGUCAGUCAGUCAAAUAAGUGAAUCUGUAAAGAAAUUCUGUAACGUUUAAAAAUACGGCUUUAAUCUCAAAGCAACUCUUAAGCACUUUUAUCUCAUUAAAUUAAAUAAAUGUAAAUGUUAGUGCAGAGGUUAUUUUUGCUGCCACACGGUUUUAGAGAUCUGGAUUCAGUUCUUAACCCAACCCAACCACUGGCUCUGUCGAGUGUGCAUGUUCUAUCCUACCUCACUGGGUUUUCACUAGUGACUCCUUUUUUUCACAUGCCACAUACUUGCAUCUCAUCUGAUUGUCAGACUUCCUUAAUCCAAUUAAUUUUGUGGUGGAGAAUAGAAUUUCUUGAUCAGUUAAUUUGAUUAAUUGCAAUAGAGUGUGUGUGUGUGUGUGUGUACUAGUCCUUGCCUUGCACUAGGAGCUGGUAGGAUAAGCUAUAGCUCAUACUUACCCAUGCAAUGGAAGGAGCAGGUUCAUAAACUUGGUAAAUGAAUAAAUGCAAUAGUUUACAUCUGCUCAGUAUUGCUAAGGGCUGAUGUUCCCCAGCAUUUUCCAUUGGCAUACACCCAAAAAAGGGUGGGUGACCCUCUGUGUUCUGUGGUCUUUCUCCAUAUUAAGUAAGACAAAGUACUUAGAUGUUCAUAUAGCUUGAAGACUGUCCAUUCAUUUAUCCAUUAUCAGCCCCACUUGAACCAAUGUGGGAUCACAGGGUGAAUUAGCCCUACAUGGAUUCCAGUUCAUUGUGGACCACACUGGGCGAAUUUAGUGUCGCCAGUCAACCCAGCUUUCAUGUCUUUGGUGGGGAAGCUGGAAUAACUGGAGAAAAAAACUGCACAGGCACUGAAAGAGUAAGUAAACUCCAUGCUUGUAGUUAGCA